GAACUUUUCCUUUUUUUGAGAGUCCAGUUUGUGUCUUGAUGUCAGGUAUUCUGUGUCACGAUAGACCUUCAUCCAUAUAAAAUUGAGACAAGGUACUAAUGUCCACGACAGGAGAUAAAAGAAAGAAGGAUAGCGUAGGAGCCAGCUCAAAGAGAAAGAAGAUUCGGAAGUCGCUAAGCUGGCGGGAGAGUAAGGAGGCCAUCAAACAGGAUUUGGAGAAAUUCUUCCAGGAGAGGUUCUCAAGAGGUGAUAAGAUGGAGCGCAAACGAGAGAAGGUCCUUACCGAGAUCUUCGCUUCUGAAAGGCGCUACCUGGAACAGCUGGAUAUCAUUAUCACUCAUUUCAUAAAACCACUAAGACAAUCACGUAUAGUGCCCGAGAACGACAUCCGUAUCAUGUUCGGGGACAUCACGGCCAUCCAAGCAAUCAACAAAGAACUCUUAGCUCACAUGGAAGAGAUGAGUAUCGGAGAGGCAUUCCUGCAGCUCGCUCCGUACAUCAAGCUUUACUCCACCUAUGCUAAUAACUUUGAGAAGGCCAUCGACCUUUUACAGGAAUGGGAAAGCAAGGCCGCAAACUUUGUAAGGUUUCUACGAGAGACGGAGAAGAAAGAUCAAUGCCGUAGUUUGUCUUUGCACGCUCUUCUUAUCACGCCGAUUCAGAGAGUUCCAAGAUACAAACUUUUACUCAAGCAACUCUUAGACCACACCCCAUCGAGCCAUGAGGACUACACAAAAAUCAAAGAUGCCCUUCAAAACAUCUCAGAAGUAACCCAGGGCAUCAAUGAAUAUAUCAGAGAACAUGAGAACUUUCAGAAGAUGUUGGAUAUCCAGAACUCCAUCGGUGGCAAGGCUCCCAAACUCAUCAUCCCCGGUCGGAAAUUCAUCAAAGAGGGCCCGUUAAUGAAGGUCACCAAGAAUGGGUCUGGUUCCCACGAACGCAUGUUCUUCCUCUUCUCCGACGUCCUGCUCUACGCCAAGCAUAACAUGAGCCUAGAGCGCCCUCUGUUGGCCAAGCCUUAUACAUGUUCCUCUGUGAUAAAGCUUGAUGAUUGUAAGGUUGAUCUCGUCCUGGGAGAACAGAAAAUAGACGGAGCAGGAGCCCUCUUUAAGCUCUCUUACAACGAGGAUCAUCUUCUGUUAUACUCUACCGACAAUGCUGAAGCAUUAUCCUGGAUCGACAAGCUUCAAGGCGCAAUCGAAACCCACAAGAGAAACCGCGCCUCACUGAGAACGCCCUCUGUCCUGGAAGGUCGCAAAGAGGAGGCAUUCGCACGUGACGCUGGUCGGACGCCGUUCAGAGCAAGCAUGAGAAUUCGCAAUAUCCGUAGGAAACAACAACUCGCAAGUGAAAUGGUCUCCCAGGGGACCUCUCCUUCAGUGACACGUAAGGACCUUCUUUACCCCAUGAGGAAAGACAUCUUGAAAAUGAGUGACAAGAAGGCUGGCAGCUCAAGAAGAUCAGUAUCAUCGCCACCCGUGAUACGGAGAAGUGCCUCUAGGCGAUAUCCUCUGAGACACCAUGCAACACCGCAACCGAUAGCACCACCAAGGCACAGGGGAAUCUCCAAACGGCCGAAGUCUCUUCCUCCUCAGCUGUCCAAGAAGAAACUGAGGAGACUCCAACAUCAAGGACCACGCCCACUCAACAAGAAGAAAACAGAAGAUCCUGAAAUGACAGUUUAUGAAGAUGCCCUUGGUCACGAUGACGUUGGUCACGAAGACAAUCACGAUAACACCCUCUACCAGACGGCCAUCGCUGAAGAGGGAGCACAUUCUGAGAUCUACCCUUUGACCCCGAGCAAGGAACGUACCACGAGCUACCGUAGGGGGGAACAGUUUCUACAAGAGAUGCCUCCCCUCACGCCGGCUCAAAAUGGAGAAAGUCAAUGUAUAAUCCUAUGAGAUUAAAACGGAAAAAAAAAUAAUGAAGAGGGUUACGUGAUUUGUGCCAUUUUUUUUGCAAAAUUCCCGGGGGGGGGGGGGGGCUCUGUUAUGACAAGGUCAACACCAUGUUCGUCCAUGGAGCUUAAAAAGGACCCUAAACAAGCAAUCUUGCUUCAAUUUCAGUAUUUUUUCAUGUUUUAUCUAUCUAAAUGAUGUCUCAAAUAUUCAUGAUAGAGUGAAAAAAAAAACUUUAAGUGCAUCAUGUGUACAAGGCUGUUAAAAAGUUACAAUUUUUUUCUUCUAAUUUUGGCAAAUUUGAUACCCAACACACUGCUUUUGCAUACAUCACCAAGCCAUGAAAAACAAACCUUUCUUUUGCUCUCUGGAUGAGCAUGUUGAUAUUGGCCCCCCGGGCAAAAAUCUUAACCCGAAACUUCAUUUUAAAUCUGACAAUCAUCGACUUAUGGGUAAUUCCAUAAAAUAAUCAACUAUUUCGUAGUAUAGUCGAUCUCCAUUUCCCCCCAAUUUUGAUUCAUUUCAUGAAAUGGUCAAGCCAUGAUAAUUUAUGAGCAUUACAAUCGUUCAAAUGAACCAAAAAAAAAAGAACAGUGGUAAAUCAUUUCAGGAAGGUCAUAUGUAAAGGGGGUCUAAUAUGUAUACAGAAUUGCCCCUAUCUCUAGAAUUAAGAUUUAUCCAUCAGGCAAUGUGCUCAACUCACUAGAAAUUUAUCUCUGCUCGCCUAGGCUACCGAAUAUCCAGUACAACUCCCUCAGCUCCCACAGGAGAACAACUCCCUGUCACUUUGAAUACAAGAGAAAAAUCAAUAAAGCAUAACUUAAUUUCAUCAAAAUUGGAUGUAAAAUAAGAAUGUUAUGACAUUUUGAGAUGUUCACUUAUUUUUCAAAUAAGAGUUCUCUGCACACCAUAGUGAUAUGCAAAUGAGAGUCGAUGAUGUCAACAAUGUUUCACAUUAUAAUGAGGAGAAAAUUAUAAAAAUAUCAUGUUUCAUAUAACAACAUAUAAUGUAGGGAGUGGGAACAUCAUAGGUUCUCUCACUUGCAUACUGACCAGCAUGUGCAUAUAACUGUUUUGUGAAAUUCAGUGGAAAUUUAAAUGUCACAGCUUUCUUAUUUUACAUCCGGUUUUGAACAAAUUUUCAGUGUUGUUCUUGUUAAAUUUUUUUCUCUCUUUAUUCAAAUCAACUUUUUGUUGGCAUGAGUUUCCCCUGUUUGAUAAGGAUUGAAUCCUGCUUUUCUUUAGAGCCCUUGAUAGCAUAACAGUAAAAACUCAAUUUGUGUUUCAUAAUUAUGAGUGAUUUGUCUGAUGUGACUCCUAUUUCUUAUUGGUUUAUCCUACUUUUAUGAUGCAUCUGUAUUUCAGUGUAUACAUGUAUUUUGGUCAUUUUCCCAUCCACUGGGAUUUUCUCAUUAUUAUAGUUCAUUACUCAGUUUAAUCUCAAUCUUCAAUGUAUUAUUUGUAUUAUACAAAUAUUACAUAUAAUUGAUGGCGAUUAGUAAGAAUUGAAUGCACAAGGUACCCUUGGAACAGUUCUAAUGUGCCCAAGGUGUAGUCAAGGGCACUUGGACUGUGUCAAAGGGUAACAAGUGUGUGUAAUUAUUCUAAUGCUCUACCAAAAUGAUGUGUAUUAUUUGUUUUAUAAGAUGGUGAUGUGGAUCCUUGUUAUUUGAUAAACCAUCCUCAUCUCAAAACCUGUGCAUUAUUUGUUUUAUAAGAUAGUGAUGUGGAUCCUUGUUAUUUGAUAAACCAUCCUGAUCUCAAAAUUUGUUUUAUAAGACAGUGAUGUGGAUUCGUGUUAUUUGAUAAACCAUCCUCAUCUCAAAACAUGUGCAUUAUUUGUUUUAUAUGAUAGUGAUGUGGAUCCUUGUUAUUUGAUAAACCAUCCUGAUCUCAAAAUUUGUUUUAUAACUUAGUGAUGUGGAUUCAUGUUAUUUGAUAAACUAUCCUCAUCUCAAAACAUGUGCAUUAUUUGUUUUAUGAGAUAGUGAUGCAGAUCCUUGUUAUUUGAUAAACCAUACUCAUCUCAAAACCUGUGUACUAUUUGUUUUAUAAGAUAGUGAUGCAGAUCCUUGUUAUUUGAUAAACCAGACUCGUCUCAAAACCAUGACCGGUCAACAGAACUAGUUGUCAUUGGUUCCAGCCAUUGGCAAAUUUAUGUGUUCGAUAAGGUCACAUGAUAAAUUUCAGCCAAUCAUAUGAUUAGGAUCCAUAUCACCAUUCAAUAAUACCAACUAUAAUCUUUUGAAAGCAUACCCUUAUUAAUUAUCACAUAUCUAUCAACAUGAAAAGGUAUUUUUAUCAACAUAUUUAUCCUAUAUUUCUAGUAUAACUCACUAAUCAUGACAUUUAUGUGAAUCAUUCGCUUUUAUAGUCAGGUUGAUAUAAAAUGAUCAAUCGUCAAUAAUAAUAAUAACGGCAUAUUUACCCAGGGUAACCACUUCAGUUCCGAAAACUGUUCUUCAAUAAUCAUGUGCAUAACGAUUAACGACACAUAAGGUUAUAUUGAAAAUAGCCGUGUAUGUAUGUAGAACAAAAACACCACUGUAUUUUUGAAUAAUCUUAAUCCACAGUCCUGUAGUGAAUUUUUAAAUGCAACGUAUGUGACAGUAUUGUGAUACGACAUUUUCUCCUGCAACAUUUACUCCGGUCUUAAUAUCUCAGAUGGCAUAGGGUUAGAGUUUCUUGCUCAGAAUAAUGUAAAGAUAAGGAUUCGAGUGUAUUUAGUUUUGGAGGUUAGAUUUUAUGUUCGGCUUAAAGAGAAAUUCCAGUAGUUGCAGUAAACACUGAUUUCAUAAGAAAGUCUGUAAAACCAGGCUUAAUUGUCAGUAUAUCAUCGAGGAUCUAGAUCUGGUACAGUUACAUAAACUGAACUUUGUAAAAUCUUGAAAUCUACGCUGAAAAAUGUUCAGACUGAACUUCCCCAACACAGAUAAGCGCACGUGGGACAGUGUAUAAUUAUUGCUUUGAGCGUCGGGCCCGACGCUCUACCCGAAUCCUGUGCUUAUUUAAUUUCUUCCAGAAUCCUUUGGCACAUGCGUUUUAUUUAUACAAACAGACUCUUUGGUGGUCAUUUCAUUGGAUUCUGUACGAACUCAUUUUGAUAUCGUUACCAAAACUAGAAUUUACCUUUAACGUGCAGAUUUUCCAUUGGAGCAAUUGUUGCCGGACAAAAUGUCACAGAACCUAUAGUAUUGAUACAUAAUCUGAGAGGCGGAGUGGUACUCCUCAAAAUAGAUAUAGCAUUUAUGCAGAUCAAAAAGCAUUUUUACAAGCAAUUGAAAAUUCUCAAAUAUCGGGCCUGUAAUGAAAGAGCUCCACACUAACCCUCUUUUUCUACUGGUCCGACCUGAUCAUGUUGGAUCAGUACAUACCCAGUUUAUCCAUUUUUUACUGGACUGAACCUAAAAUUUACUGGUCCCAAAAAUAUAAAAAAGACUUGAGUUUAUUUUGCUGUCUUUUAUUGCUUAUUGUUACCCCCCCCCAAAAAAAAAACACACUCACAACAUUAUUAAUGAGAGCCAUUUUUAUAAUUUACAAGAGAGAAGAAAAUGUAUUUGUAUCAGAUAGAUAUAAUCUUUCUGGUCAUGUCGGACCAGUAAAUCUGACUUUUUCUGAAAAGUUACUGGCCCGACAGCAAUUUUUACCGGUCUUGGACCGUCGGACCAGUGCCAGUGUCGCGCGCUGGUUAUAUGCAAUGCAAUAUUAAGACGUUAUCCGAGGUGCAGCCGUUACAAACGUAAUAAUACCAUUCUGCAUUGUGCUUGAUAUGUUUGGCAAAAUCUCCUACAGCUUUGAUGUAUUGAUGGAAGUAUGUAUGUGAUUGUCUUAAAACUUUUUAUAUUGCUUUUAGGGCUAUGUGUAAAGAUGUCAGCCGAUGAAAUACUUCCCCCAACUGCUUUAUACAUGUAUUUACAAUAAGCUCUCUCAUAGAAAGAUUUCUCCCCCAUCAGUCUACACUACAGUGUUUUGACAACUGUUUAUUCAUUUCUUCGUGUCAUAAAUCUUACGUUUUGUAAAAAUCGUUUGUAUAUAUAUAUUUUUGUGUUGUGUCUUCCAACUGCACCAUGAUUUUGAAGUUAUUGUAUUGAUAGCAUUAUUUUGUUAAGUGGUUUCCUGUAUAUAUAUUGGUGUUAAAUUUGUUCAUCGCGUAUGCUGGGGAAAGUGAUUUCUAUAUUACACAACGAAGUCGGCACUUGUACUUAAUCACGGUUUAUUUCCAAUUGGUCUAAUGCCAAUUCGUUCAAUUGCCAACUCGUCUACUACCAUCUCGUCUACUACCAUUUGGUCUUUCAUCAUUUUUUCUACUCACCACAUGGUCUACUUUCAUUUACUCUAAUGCCAUUCCGUCUAAUAACCAGUUGGUCCGAUACCAUUCCGUCUAUAACCAGUUGGUCCAUUAUUUAGACCAUAUACCAUUUGUCUAAUUAAACUAAAUUGUUAAUUGUGCAAAAUGAAUGAUAAGAAAAUGGGUGUUUAAUAGACCAACUGGUUAUUUAACGAAAUGGUAAUAGAUAAAAUGGUGAUUAAACAUAGUGAUGAUUGGACCAAAUGGUUAUUGGACCAAAUGGUUGUUAGACCAAAUGGUUGUUAGACAAAAUGUUGAUGGAUGGAAUGGCAUUAGACUAAAUGAAGGUAGACCAAGUGGGGAGUGGACGAAUUGGCAAUUUACCCUAAUAAUCACAGGGAGCCGUAUUCUGAACUCGAGUUAAAUUUAAAGCAAACUCUGGUCUAUGGUCUAACUAUGGAAAGCCAACUCUGACACACAUAUCCAACAGUACAUGUUCAUUUAUAUUAAGUUCUUAUGUAUUAUUUGUUUAAGGAGAUGAUUUGAUAUGUACAUGCUAAAGCGCAUAUUUUUCCGGAUUGUUAUGCACUAUGCCUAUGUAAAAUUCAAUUAUUACUAUUUAGGUGUCUUUCACAAUGUGACAUUCCUGCAUUCUCCUGUGUUGUGUUUAUGUUGAAAAAUAAUAAUAAUAAUAGGCAUUUGUAUAGCGCCAUCUAUCUAGGAACAAUCUUCUAGAUGCAAUGUUAUUAUAAUGUGAUGAUUCGCGGUGAGAGAAAAUCGUGGGAUUCCUGCAUGAAAGUCCCGUCACUUACUGUUGGUUAGAUGCUAUACUCUGAUCUCUAUCACUCUUUCUUUCUCUGUGCAAUAAAUGCUGGCUGGUUAAUAAUGUA